AAAGGGCUCCCAACGAUGCCACCAACGGGAGCAGGGAGCCUUCCGGUGGGGUCGGCGGGCACAAGGGACUCGGCCGCACCCAGCACCGAGAGCGAGCGCCGCCCGUCAGCCCUCCUGGCCCACCCGGGACGGAGCCGCCGAGGAGCCGGGACAGCCGCUCUGCUCGCGGGGUCGAGCCCGACUCAGCCGUCAGGAGGGGGGACCGCGCAGCGCCAGCCUCCCGAGCCCGGCGGCGGAACAGCGGAGCCAACCCGGCCGCGCUCCUUCCUUCCCUCCCUCCCUCCCCGCGCGAGGCGGAGCCGCUCCGGAGCCUCUCCCCCGCACCCGCCCGCAGCGCCCUUCCAGAUGGGCCGGCCCUGGCCGGCUGCGGAGGAUGGGAGUCCCGGUCCGCGCCCCCAGUCUGUUGCCUGCUGCGCGCCGGGAGGGCGGCCUGCGGGGCUGGAGGCUGCGCGGCGGCUGCGCGCUCCCGAGGACGAGCAGGAGCCGCGGGGCGGGCUGGAGCUCGCCUCGCCUCGCCGCCCGAUGGAGGCUGCCCGGCUGCUGCUGGCGCUGCUGCUGCUGCUGCUGGUGGCGCCGCUGCGCCUGCCCACCGCGGCCGGAGAUGCCACCGCCACCCCGCCGGGCUCGCCGGCCCUUCCCGCCCGGACGCCCGCCGCCCAGGAGCCGCCCGAAGCCUUCGAGCCCGCCCGGGGCCAGUCGGGCGCGGGGCAGCCCGUGGUGGGCAUCAGCCAGCGGGUCAAGAUGAGGCCCGGCGAGAAGAAGGAUCUGGGCACGCUGGGCUACGUGCUGGGCAUUAUCAUGGUGGUAGUCCUCAUUGGCAUCGGAGUGGGCGUUGUGCUGGGCUACCUGUACAAGAGGGGCAAAGACCUGAAAGAGCGGCAGGAGCAGAAAGCCAACGAGCGUGAAAUGCAGCGCAUCACUUUGCCCCUCUCGGCUUUCAGCAACCCGGCCUGCGAGCUCGUGGAGGAGAACGUCAUUGUGGUGCACACCAGCCCCUCUCCGGUGGAGGAGAUUCAGGGGGGAAACACUCCACUCAUGGGCCAGGCCGGCACUCCGGGGGCUUAAGGAAGAGACCCCCCCCCCCCCCGUUGGACCUCUGAGGUGGACGCCUCUUAGCCUCUCCAUUUACCCUGAGGAUCCUUUUGUAUUUUGCUUUUCCGUUUGAAAAACAGGCCACCCGGACAGAAAAGCGCCCGGCACUCGCUCAGCCGAGCAAAAAGAGUGGCGACGUGGCUGCCCCUCCAGCCAGCAGCAGCUCUGCAGGUGGCCUGUUUGAUGCAAGGGGCCGGGUGGGACUUUGGGAGGGUCUGUUGCCUCUGGUUCUUCCGUUGUGGGACCUGCAUGUUCUCUGAGCAACGCCAUGCUGCAGUGGGGGGCUUUAGCGAAAGGAAAGAGUGGUUGUGCAAGGAUCUGUGGCGGUUCCCUUCAGAGCGGCCACAGCCUUGCCAGCCCUCCAGUCUGGAGCCAGAUGGAAAUCCCCCUCCCUGCUCCUUCCCGGGGCGGAAGUGGCCAGGCCUGCCUGAGCAAAGGGGAGAUUGGGGGUGGAGGGGGCAGCAGCAAAGGAAAAGCUUGGAGAUGGAGAAUCGCCCCGAAAGGGCUUUGGGUAGGGUUGGUAAUGGGGGUUGAUGCCUCUUGUGCCAGCGAGGAAGCAACUCCAGCUGUGCUUUUUUAAAAAACCUUUUACCACUCGAGGGAGGGAACUGGGAUGCCAAAAGCAGAGGUUUCUUACAAGUUCCGUUUAUGCAGGUUUAGCAGUUUUUUAAAAUCUUUUAAAUGCCUUUGGAUACCGUUUAUUUCUAAGUGUUUUGAAUACCUCAUACCUAAAAAUAAAACUAUUCAGGUUGUAA